CAAGUAUGAGGUCACACAGUGCGUCGCGCGUAUAAAGCGUGGCCAAAGCGCAUUUGUCGCGUACGAUUUGCAACUUCCCAACCGCACUACUCGUGGUACUGUUCCUGCCCACUAAUCGGUUCGAGAUAACAGAUAAUUCACUGACCAUGGCCACCGUCGACGCCCAGUUCGUUCAGCAGUCGAACGAUUUUGCAGUUCAAUUGUACAGGCAAGUGAGCUCGAAAAGUACCGGAGAAAAUGUGGUCAUUUCGCCUUUUUCGGUCAGCGCGUGCCUUUCGUUGGUGGCCCAGGGAGCCGCCGGUCUCACGGCGGACGAGCUGUUUGGUGGCCUGCGCUAUGGAAAGGCCGACCGCAAGCAGCAGGUUGCGGAGUCGUACCGACGUCUGAUGGAGCGCUUAUCGACCGAUAAAACCAUGAACGUGGCCAACAAAGUGUACGUCAUGGAAAAGUUCAAAGUAAAGAGCUCAUUCAAUGCGGUCGCCGCCGACAGUUUCAAAUCGGAAGCCCAAGAGCUUAACUUUGCCCAGAAUGUGGCCGCAGCGAAAACCAUCAACGGGUGGGUCGAAGGGAAAACGAACAACAAAAUUAAGGAUCUCAUCGCACCCGACGUGCUGGAUGAUCUGACGCGUAUGGUGCUGGUAAACGCGGUUCAUUUUAAGGGCACCUGGACCUACCAAUUCGAUCCCGCCUCGACCCGCCCGAUGCCGUUCUGGUUGAGCGCAACGGAGUCGCGCGAAGUGCCGAUGAUGAACAUCAAGAAGCACUUUGCGUACAACAACUUCGAGGAUAAAGGAUUCUCCGCCCUGGAGCUUACGUACAGCGGAAGCGACGUGACCAUGCUGGUGCUGCUGCCGAAUGAACGCACCGGCCUGGCGGCGUUGGAAGCGCAGCUUCCGAGCCUUAAUUUAGCCGAGCUCGCCUCCCAGAUGCACAAGCAGGAAGUGGAGGUCUUUCUGCCCAAGUUCAAGAUCGAAUUCUCUCUCGAUCUUAACGACGAUCUGACCGAGCUCGGCAUGGGUCGAAUGUUUACUGACGCGGCCGAAUUUCCCGACUUACUCGAAACGAACGAACCACUGAAGGUCUCCAAAGUAAUACACAAGGCGUUCAUUGAAGUCAACGAAGAGGGAACCGAAGCGGCUGCCGCUACCGGAAUGGUUAUGACGGCCUAUUGCAUGAUCAUCUCUAAGCCAAUUACGUUCAAGGCAGAUCAUCCGUUUGUUUAUGCGUUACUUUCGCGUGAAAAGGGCCUUUAUUUCGUUGGCAAAAUGUCGAAAUCAACUUAAAUGGGCGUAUUCAAAGCUGUUACCAAAGCUUGUUUAAUAAUACCAACUAACGUUACCUCACCUUAAAUUUUGUUAUUGGGCAGAAAAGUUGCCACAGAAUAUACAUCCACACAAAAUAGUUAAUGAUCAACGUAAAUUUUAAAGGAAAACAGGACUCUCAAAUAGGACCGAACAUAUGCGGCUACAUCCCAGCAUUAUUUUUGUCGUCACCUUUUCACAAUAUCAACAAACUAUCUGAACAUAUUCAUGCUCAUAAUAUCGAUACAUGUGGUUACGACACCAAUCGUAUCAUUAUUCUAAAUCAAACAAGGGAUAAAUUUUGCAUAAUUCCUACCAUAAAUUGUUUUUUUCUAGGGAUGUUUGUGAUGACAUGCAGUAUGAUUAUAUCUGAGCCACUUACGUUCAAGGCAGAUCAUCCGUUUGUUUAUGCGUUACUUUCACGUGAAAAGGGCGCUUAUUUCGUGGGUAAAAUGUCAAAAUCUACCUAGAGGCUUACUCUAUAUCAAUGUUACAAACAUUAGCACAGAUUCUUAGUAUAUUGUACUUAGGUGGAAACAGAAAUAGAACAACGGACAGGUUAUAGGGCAGCACAAGUUCCUUAAGGUGUAUUUAAAUAACCAACCAUAGUAUUGAAAGUGCCUUUUAAUUUCAACAGCUUUAUGGAAUGGGCGCAAACGUGUGUGGCUGUGGCAAACACGUGUAGCUGCGAUCUAUCGAUUGUUUAUAGUGUUGUCACAUUUUACAAUUUUA